AUGGAGUUUCCCGGAGCCAACCAGAGGAUUGCUAGGAUCUCAGCUCAUCUUCAACCUUCUUUCACUCCUCAGAUGGACGCGAAGAACUCGGUAAUGGGAAUGGAAAACUGCAGAGCGAAAGGAGGGAAUCCAGGAUUCAAAGUAGCAAUUCUUGGAGCUGCAGGAGGAAUCGGACAAUCUCUAUCCUUGUUAAUGAAAAUGAACCCUCUUGUCUCUGUACUUCAUCUCUACGAUGUUGUCAAUGCUCCUGGCGUCACAGCUGAUGUCAGCCAUAUGGACACUUCAGCUGUUGUCCGAGGAUUCUUGGGAGGGAAGCAGCUAGAGGACGCGUUAACGGGUAUGGAUCUUGUGAUCAUACCAGCUGGUGUGCCGAGGAAACCAGGGAUGACUCGUGAUGAUCUCUUCAAAAUCAAUGCUGGGAUUGUUAAGACACUGUGUGAAGGUGUAGCCAAAUGCUGUCCUAAUGCUAUCGUCAACUUGAUCAGCAACCCUGUGAACUCCACUGUCCCCAUUGCCGCUGAGGUUUUCAAGAAAGCUGGCACUUAUGAUCCUAAGAAGCUCCUUGGAGUUACUACACUCGAUGUUGCUCGUGCCAACACCUUUGUGGCAGAGGUUCUUGGCCUUGAUCCAAGAGAAGUCGAUGUACCAGUUGUUGGAGGACACGCCGGAGUUACAAUUUUGCCACUAUUGUCACAGGUUAAGCCUCCUAGCAGCUUCACACCUACAGAAAUUGAGUACCUAACAAACAGGAUUCAGAAUGGUGGGACUGAAGUUGUGGAGGCAAAAGCUGGAGCUGGAUCUGCAACACUUUCAAUGGCAUAUGCAGCAGCCAAGUUUGCAGAUGCAUGCCUUCGUGGGUUAAGAGGUGAUGCAAAUGUUGUGGAAUGCUCUUUUGUUUCUUCACAGGUGACAGAAUUAGCAUUCUUUGCAACCAAAGUGCGUCUUGGUCGUACAGGAGCAGAGGAAGUGUAUCAGCUUGGACCCUUAAACGAAUACGAAAGGAUUGGUCUGGAGAAAGCAAAAGAAGAAUUAGCCGGAAGUAUUCAGAAAGGUGUCGAUUUCAUCAGAAAAUGA